CCUGACCUCAGACCCCGAAGGAGUCCUCCACCACUCUGAAAGUGGCGUCCUAUAUUCUGAUCACCGUGGGUUCUCUCUCCAUGGUUAUGGGCUUCCUGGGCUGUAUAGGAGCCAUCUACGAGAUACGCUGCCUGCUGGGCCUGUACUUCACCUGCCUCCUGCUCAUCCUCAUCGCCCAGGUUACGGCUGGCGUGCUCAUCUACUUCCAGAGAGACAGACUGCAGCAGGAGAUGUCCACCAUCGUCAAGGGGAUGCUGGUCAACUACACUGGUCAGAACCGGACCACAGAACAUUCCUGGGACUAUGUACAGAGGACAAUGAAGUGUUGUGGCUGGGUGUCUCCAGGUAACUGGUUGGAGAACGUGUGGAUCAAGAACAGUUCUGUCUCGCUGUACCCCUGCUCCUGUCGGAAUGAAACCCUGCCUGGGACAGACAUGAAUGAGACUGGGCUCUGUGAACACUUGUCUGCUGACCGGCCAGUAUACCAAACGGGCUGCAUGCAUAGUGUGGAGGCCUGGCUGUUGGAGAACUGUGGAGUUAUUCUUGGAAUCUGUGUCGGGGUGGCAGUCCUAGAGCUUCUCGGUAUGAUUCUGUCCAUGUGUCUCUGUAAGAGUGUUGUCCAGGAGGAUUACACCAAAGUUCCCAAGUACUGACUAUGAAGACCAGCAGAAGUCAUGCACACCUACACACACACCUACACACACACACACCUACACACACACACACCUACACACACACACCUACACACACACACACCUACACACACACACACCUACACACACACACAGACACACACACACACAGACACACUCUCACAGUGAAACACAGAAACAAACAACUGUCUGGUACCAUUCACCCUCUCCUAGCCUGGUAACUGACCCUGUCUUAUACCAUUCAACCUCUCCUAGCCUGGUAACUGACCCAGUCUUGUACCAUUCACCCUCUCCUAGCCUGGUAACUGACCGUCUGAUACCAUUCAACCUCUCCUAGCCUGGUAACUGACCCAGUCCGGUACCAUUCACCCUCUCCUAGCCUGGUAACUGACCCAGUCUGUCACCCCUGUCUGAAACCAUUCACCCUCUCCUAGCCUGGUACCU